CCCGCAAUGGACACAUCAGACUACGAAACCGAAAAGGCCAAGAUGCUCCGCGGCGAGCUCUACCGCGCCUUCACCCCGGGCCUGAUCGCCGCUCGCCACCGCUGCAAAGUCGCCGUGCAUGCAUUCAAUAACGCCGGGAUCGUCUCGCGACGGCGGCAGGUUGAACUCUGGAGAGCAAUAGUGGAGGACGCCCGCCCCCUCCCACCGCCGGCCCCCACUUUAGAAGAAGAUGAGGCGCUCUUCGAGCACGACCCAUGGGUAGAAAGCCCCAUCCGCAUGGACUAUGGGUUUAAUGUAAGCGUCGGCGCGGGCACGUUUAUCAACUUCAACUGCACAAUCAUCGACACCUGCCGCGUAGUGAUCGGGGAGAGGUGUCUGUUUGGCCCGAAUGUAAGUCUCUACACGGGACUGCAUCCGCUCGAUGGUGAGGUGCGGAAGGGCACGGCCGGGCCGGAGUGGGGUAAGGAGAUUCAUAUCGGCGAUGAUUGCUGGUUGGCCGGGGAUGUGAAGAUUCUGGCUGGGGUGACGGUCGGAAAGGGGUCGACGGUUGGGGCGGGGAGUGUGGACGUCCCGCCGUAUUGUGUGGUGGUCGGGAAUCCGGCACGAGUAUUAAGGUAUCUCAAGGGGAGUCCGCAUUAUAAGGAGGAAGGAACGUCGGGUUGA